GUUUCUGUGGAAAUCUUGAAUGCUAAACAUCCAACAAGACUGAUUCUAGCUCUUCUCACCAUGGAGUUGUUACUUCGUGCCAAGUGUUUUCAGCAUGCAGCAAUUCCUAGUUCUGUGAGAGCACUGCAUAAAGAUUAUAGAACAGUGACCCCUCAGAAUUUUUCCAACUAUGAAUCCAUGAAACAAGACUUCAAACUAGAGAUUCCAGAGUAUUUCAACUUUGCUAAAGAUGUUCUAGACCAAUGGACCAAUAUGGAAAAGGCUGGAAAGAGGUGUUCCAAUCCAGCCUUCUGGUGGAUAAAUGGAAAUGGAGAAGAAGUGAGAUGGAGUUUUGAGGAAAUGGGAUAUUUGUCUAGGAAAUUUGCCAAUAUACUUACAGAAGUCUGUGCCCUACAAAGGGAAGAUCGAGUAAUUGUGAUUCUUCCCAGGAUCCCAGAAUGGUGGCUUGCAAAUAUAGCCUGUCUGCGAACAGGGACAGUUUUAAUUCCAGGAACCUCUCAGCUGACCCAGAAAGACAUCCUCUACAGAUUACAAUCUUCAAAAGCAAAGUGCAUUAUUACCAAUGAAGUUUUAGCCCCAGCAGUAGAUGCUGUUGCAGCUAAAUGUGAAAAUCUGCACUCCAAGCUAAUUGUGUCUCAGAACCCCAAAGAAGGGUGGGGAAACCUCAAGGAGAUGUUGAAAUAUGCCAGUGAAAACCACACCUGCGUGAAGACAAAACACAAUGAGAUGAUGACCAUUUACUUUACCAGUGGAACAAGUGGAUCUCCUAAAAUGACCAGCCACACCCACAGCAGUUUCGGUUUAGGAUUAUCUGUAAAUGGAAGGUUCUGGCUGGAUUUGACACCAUCAGAUGUGAUGUGGAAUACUUCUGACACAGGCUGGGCAAAGUCUGCAUGGAGUUGUGUUUUUGCUCCAUGGAUCCAAGGAGCAUGUGUAUUUGCACAUUAUUUGCCACAGUUUGAGCCAACCUCUAUCUUGCAAACACUUUCCAAGUUUCCCAUCACAGUCUUCUGUUCAGCACCAACUGCAUACCGAAUGCUUAUACAGAAGGAUAUGAGCAGCUAUAAGUUCAAAAGCUUAAAGCACUGCGUGAGUGCAGGCGAACCAAUCAACCCUGAGGUGACUGAACAAUGGAGAAACAGGACAGGUCUGGAUAUCUAUGAAGGAUACGGACAGACUGAAACGGUGCUAAUCUGUGGAAAUUUUAAGGGAAUGAAAAUUAAGCCUGGCUCAAUGGGAAAGCCAUCGCCUGCUUUUGAUGUUAAGAUUUUAGAUGUAAAUGGCAAUGUUCUACCUCCUGGACAAGAAGGAGAUAUUGGCAUUCGAGUUCUACCUAACCGACCAUUUGGCCUUUUUACUCAUUAUGUAAAUGAUCCUAUAAAAACAGCUUCAACUCUACGAGGCAAUUUCUACAUCACUGGGGACAGGGGCUAUAUGGAUGAAGAUGGAUAUUUCUGGUUUGUUGCAAGAUCAGAUGAUAUCAUAUUAUCCUCUGGUUACCGAAUUGGGCCAUUUGAGGUAGAAAGUGUCCUGAUGGAACAUCCUGCAGUUGCAGAGUCAGCUGUUGUCAGCAGCCCAGACCCCAUCAGAGGAGAGGUUGUAAAGGCUUUUAUUGUUCUGAAUGCUGAUUAUAAGUCACAUGAUCAAGAACGACUGAAAAAGGAGAUUCAGGAGCAUGUAAAAAGAACCACAGCACCUUACAAAUAUCCCAGAAAGGUAGAAUUUAUUCAAGAGCUGCCAAAGACUGUCAGUGGGAAGAUAAAAAGAAAUGAACUGAGGAAGAAAGAAUGGGAAACAAUUUAAAUCCAUUCUAUUAAUUAUUGCAAUAUCUAUAAAACAAAGACUCUCUA